GUCAUGACCUCUAUGAGGGACCCAACGGCCGGAGUCUUCAAGAUCUCAUCAGCCAUCUUCAAGAAAACACCAUGCAGCAGCAACAAGAGGUUCAUCUGGCGCAGGACGACGGGUACCCUACAAUUAGAGGGCAGGAGCUCCUACUUCAUCAAGCUGGGUACGAAUAUUUGCAGUCCUUGAGCUUGUUGUCAAUGAGCCCUGCAGCCUCACAUGUGAGUGUCCCACAACAACAAACUAGUGAUGAGGACAUUUUGGCCAUGGCCCCCAAGAAAAGGUGUUAUGGUAUGGUGGAUAAUUAUCAUCAGGCCCAGAUUAGGAAGUCCUUUGAUUCUUUUGGACAAAGAACCUCCCAAUACAGAGGUGUUACCAGGCACAGAUGGACUGGUAGAUAUGAAGCUCAUUUGUGGGACAACAGUUGCAAGAAAGAAGGCCAACGUAGGAAAGGACGGCAAGUUUACUUGGGAGGGUAUGACAACGAAGAGAAGGCGGCGAGGUCAUAUGAUUUGGCAGCAAUCAAAUAUUGGGGAGCCUCUACACAUAUAAACUUCCCGUUGGAGAACUAUGAGCAAGAGCUUGAAGAAAUGAAGAACAUGAGCAGACAAGAAUGUGUUGCCCACUUAAGAAGAAAAAGCACUGGUUUUUCUAGAGGAGCUUCGAUCUAUAGAGGAGUGACCAGACAUCAUCAACACGGAAGAUGGCAAGCUCGAAUCGGCCGAGUGGCCGGAAAUAAGGAUCUCUACCUCGGAACAUUCAGCUCUCAAGAAGAAGCGGCUGAGGCUUAUGACGUAGCGGCGAUCAAGUUCAGGGGUUUGACGGCGGUGACGAAUUUUGAGGUUUCCAGGUACGACGUCGACCGCAUAAUGGACAGCGCCACGCUUCUCACCGGUGACCAGGCAAGACGGCGAGAUCUUACCACCACGAAACCUGGCGGCCACGGCGGUCUGGCGGCCGGGUUCGAUUAUACGAUGAUGUUGGCGGAUGCUUCUUCUUCAUUGGUGAAUAGCGUCCAGAGCUCUAGAGAAGGCAGCCCGGACUUGAACGCCACCCCUCCGGCGAACUUUCGGUCGCCGGCGUCGGAGUUUUACGAGAUCCCAGCGGCGAUGACGGGUUGCAGUGGGGGUAAUAAUAAUGCGAAUUAUUGGGUUGCGGCGCAGAUGAGGUCUCACGUGCCUGUCUUUGCUGCAUGGACAGAUCUGAUAAUGCGACCUAGCUUAGCUUAGCUUAUAGGGAGCAAUUAUAAAUUUCACAUGAUAUGAAUGAAAACUCGUUUAAUUCGUCGUAAAUGAUAAUUAAUUCUCUCAAGCAUUAUGAUUAUUUCCCAUGAGGAACUACCGGCCGAUUACUGACUAGGCUAAACUAAAAAUCCAUUAUUGUCAAAUUUUAAUUUGUUUUUGAGUUUUCUAAAGUUAUAAGUAUUUCUUAAACUCUUGAUAAAGGACAUAUAGUUUU